UAAGAGAGAGAAAGCUGACUGUACUAAUAGCGAAUUGUAAGUAUUGGUGGCGAGAUGAUAACAGACAAACCAAAAAAACAAUGAUUCAGUUGAUGAAACCAAGCCGAUCCAAAAAGUUAUUGGACCUGUUCGUGAAUCGAGUAGGAUGUUUCUUAUCGCUUCCUGUUUCAGUUACAGAGUUGCAGAGUGUUUCGAGUCUCGUGGCCAGGAUUAGCUUUUCAGAGGUCGUUAAAUAUAUAUCAAUUAAUUAUUUAUUGAAGUUUUGGUUUUGUUCAAGUUUUAGGUCACAGUGAACGGAAGUGAUUGUAAUAUUGUGUCAAUGGAGAGAGGCAGAGAUGCUGAAGUAGGAGAAGGAGGAGGAGAUCGUGCGUUGUACAAGGAGUUAUGGCAUGCGUGUGCGGGGCCACUUGUGACGGUUCCUCGUCAAGGUGACAUCGUUUUUUACUUUCCUCAAGGUCACAUAGAGCAGGUUGAAGCGUCGAUGAAUCAAGCGUCUGAUCAACAGAUGCCUGCUUAUGAUCUUAAUGCCAAGAUACUUUGUCGUGUUGUCAAUGUUGAAUUGAAGGCUGAACCGGACACUGAUGAUGUUUUUGCUCAAAUGACUUUGCAUCCGUUGUCUAAACAUGAGGAGGAUACGGUGAAGAAGGAAGUGCGGCCUCCGCCUCCACGGCCUCGGGUCUUUUCCUUCUGUAAGACGUUAACGGCGUCUGAUACAAGCACUCACGGUGGAUUUUCAGUGUUGAGACGGCAUGCUGAAGAAUGCCUGCCUCGUCUGGACAUGUCCAAACAGCCUCCUAACCAGUUGUUGGUGACCAAGGACUUGCAUGGAAAUGAGUGGCGUUUUCGCCACGUCUCUCGGGGUCAACCAAAGAGGCAUCUUCUUCAAAGCGGAUGGAGUCUUUUUGUCAGCUCAAAGAAGCUUGUAGCUGGAGAUGCUUUUAUUUUCCUCAGGGGUGAAACGGGAGAACUUCGUGUUGGGGUAAGGCGUGCUAUGAGGCAGCCAAGUACAGUUUCUUCUUCAGUCAUAUCAAGCCACAGUAUGCAUAUCGGUGUUCUUGCAACAGCAUGGCAUGCUGUUAAAAUGGGCACAAUGUUUUCUGUCUACUACAAACCCAGGAUUAGCCCUGCUGAGUUCAUGGUUCCUUAUGAAAAAUAUAUGGAGUCUGCGAAGAACAACUACACCAUAGGAAUGAGAUUCAAGAUGACAUUUGAAGGUGAAGAGUCUCCAGAACAGAGAUUCUCAGGCACUGUGAUUGGAGUUGAAGAUGCAGAUCCCAUUAAAUGGCCUGGUUCAAAGUGGAGAUGUCUUAAGGUGCGUUGGGAUGAAAAUUCUCCUCAUCAUCGACCAGAGAGGAUUUCUCCAUGGGAGGCAGAGUUUUCUCUGGCUUCUCCCCAGGAUAACCUUCCACUCUGCCGAAUGAAAAGACGUCAACCAAACAUGGGAUCAUCAUCCACCAGUUCCUUUGUGCUCACAAAGGAAGGGUCAUCAAAAAUCACUGUAGACCCAUCUCCAGAUUUGGAAACUUCAAGAGCCUUGAGAUGCUUAUUUCCUGGGAAAAAUGAAUCAUCCAUUGGUCAAAGUGCUGCUGUACGAACUCCAUCACAAGGUUCUCAGAGCUUGCACGAAUCCUGCAAAGUAUUUCAGUCCUUUGUUGGGCGGAAUGCUGAAGAUGUUGACCAAGUGAAGAAUCAUGAUGUAGAUGGGGAAAACAUAUUCAAUUUGCUUCCAAGGUCCAUGAUGCACUUUAAUUCCCCAUCGAACAUGAUGGAGUUCAGCAGGAAAAUUCGUGCAGUGGAGGAUAAAGAAAUGCAAUGCCAGAAUGCUUUAAAUAUUAGACCUAUCCCACUUCGAGGGUAUGAUAGAGUUCAUGGCCCUGAAAUGAACCAGCAGCCAGGAAGCUGGGUUUUGCCUUUUCUUUCAUCGUAUUCUGAGGGCUCUUCUCAUCAAAUGGUGAUGGAUGCACAACCUCAGUCUUUGAAACAAGAGGAGGUGGUGAAAUCUAAUGGAGAUGGCGGGUACAAACUUUUUGGUUUCUCUCUCUUGAGUAACCCUGUGGCAACAGAUCUAGCCAUGCUACGCACAAAUUCUGUGCAUGGGCCACAAGGACAAAUCAAUCUUGCUUCAGCACAAGAUUUAAGAAUUGACUCACUGUUGGAGUCACCAAAGGGUACAAGUUCAGGCAAGAAUGCUGUUGGAGGUGAUGAACAGGGCCAUAUUUUUCAAACUUCAGAACAGUCUCCUAUAGAUGUAGUGGGAAAGCAGAUGAGUGGUUCAGUCAGAAGUUGUGUUAAGGUGCACAAGCAGGGGAUUGCUCUGGGGAGGUCUGUGGACCUUAACAAGUUUAAUAGCUAUGAUGAAUUGAUUGCAGAACUGGAUCGUAUUUUUGAAUUUAAUGGUGAAUUAAUUGCUCCCAACAAAAACUGGAUGACUGUUUUUACUGAUGAUGAGGGUGAUAUGAUGCUUGUGGGAGAUGAUCCCUGGAUGGAAUUCUGUAGUGUGGUCCGCAGGAUCCAUAUUUACACUCAAGAGCAGGUUAAGCAAAUGGAUCCACGACCCUUGAAUGUAAAAUUAAAGGAAAAUUCAGUCCUGGCAGAUCCAAAUGUUGUUUUGACGGAGGAUAAAAACUUGACACAUCCUCCAGUGGCAAGCCCUUAAUUUUGAGUUAAAUGUAUUUGCUAUUAAGCUCUCCAGAUGUUCGUCUGAGAGUAAAUUUGUUUUCUGAUUUUUCUUCUUAUACCCAUUAAACGAAUGAUAUUGAGUUGACUAUGUAUUUAUUAGGUGCUGUCACUCAUUCGAAUUUCAUAUGGAACUGUUCUAUUAGGCUUCA